AUGACUCAUAAAUGGUAUAUUGGUGACUUCGGAUUUUGUGGUCCUGUCGAUAAGCAUUUAAAUGGUAUCUACGGCAAUCUUCCUUAUAUAGCGCCUGAAGUUCUUUUAAAAAAAGAAUAUACUUUUGCAUCUGAUAUUUAUAGCAUCGGCAUGCUUAUGUGGGAAAUUUCAUCCGGACAGUCACCUUUUUUUAAUGAUCAACAAAAAUUUGAACUUUGGAACAAAAUAGUCGAUGGAACGAGACCUGAAACUGUAGCAGAAACUCCUUUAAAAUAUAAAAAAUUAAUGGAAAAAUGUUGGAAUGCCGAUCCAUUACAAAGACCUAAUAUUAAUGUUCUUUUAAAAAAAAUGAAAAAAAUUAAUAAAUCCUAUCUUAAUGAAUUAAAUAAGAAUAGUUUUAAUCAAAACAUACUAUCUGAGCUAAAUAAGAAGCGAAGUUUUGAUUAUGAACCAUUUUCAAUAACAAGAAAUAUAACAGAAGUGGAACAAGAAGCAUUUCAUAGUAAACCUUAUAGUUUUAACAUUCCUGAUAAUGUUAGUGAAUUUAAUAAUGUUAAUAAUAAGAAAAUCAAAGAUACAUCAAAAAUCAUUGUUUUUCUUAUCGAUUAUGGUAAAAGGUUAUUUAGAUUAUUUAGAAAAUCAGAAAAAUAUUCCGAAAAUAAAAAUGUAAAAAUAUGUAACAAUCCUCCUUAA